AGAAUAUCAUUAUAUGGGUAUACGACCCAGAAAAUGCAGACCCCAGUGAGCUGGUAUGGGAAGCAGAAUCGCCGUCACCAGUAGAAUUCCAAUAUGCUCAGCAAGCAGUUGACAGCUUUGGGACAGGAGCCAGUCGUCCAUACGUUUCUGAAGAGAAAAAAUUAUUUUCCCCAUGAAAAAUUGGAGAAUGGGGCGUGGAGCGUUUAUCUACCAAUGGAGAGGGAUGACAUGCUAAAAGAGAUUAGGGGAAACCAGGUGUCUUUUCAAGACUGCUUUGUUGCAAAUUAUUUUUUCCUGCUGAGUUUUGCUUUCCCUACAAUACCUGAGCUUCCUGGCUCUUUACCCAUCACUGUACCACGUGGUAGUCCAUUAUUGUCUUCCUGGGAAGCUUGUGUUCUUCUGUCUGCCGUGGUGGUAGCCGACACCGAGACCUUUCAAACCAACGAUUCGUUUCGCACGUGGACCAGAAUCAGAGUGCCGCCGCACAGCCUCACCGACAGCGAGAGACACAGUGUGUCUGCUGUGGUCAUAUCCUACAAUAUAAUUUUUAUUUUAAUAAAUGAUGUCCUUUAUGUAAAAACUGAUUCUGCCUUCAUAAGACUGGGAAGCAAAGAAAACCUUCCUGAAAGUGGAAUUGUUGGCAUUGCAUCAAGAAAAUGGUGUUGGCCCAAAUAUUUAAUGAAGACCGGAAAAGGAAGAAGUAUCAUGGUCGUCUGGACAAAAAAUGAAGUUUACCUUGGAUAUCCUUCACUUCAAUUCAUCAAAAUAAUGACUACUGAAACACUGAGGAAAAGUAUAAACAUGCCCCCAGCUGGUGCUCUGACUGUACACAAUGUGGCCUACACAGGACACCCUUUGGAACUUGGCUUGUUAUUGAAUUACUGCAUUACAUGUGAUGUCACCAAAAAGAUACAUCUAGUGAUAUACAAUGAAGAUUCAGAACAGUGGGUCCUCCAAGACUUUGUAUUGAAUGUCAUGGCUGACACUUUUCUAAAGCUGUUCUUUCUCUAUUCAGCAUUGCCAGAAUUUAUACUAUGGGACAAACACAGGGUCUACUAUUGUUACAACAAUUUCACUAAUACUGGAGUUGUACAAACACCUACAACAUUUGGAAAUCUAUCAGAAUUAUCACAUGAAAGUAUUAUUCAUGAUGUUUUUGUAGAUUACUAUGGAAAUAUUGUGGUAAAAAUGGAAAAUAAUAUCAUGUUUUUUUUCAAGAUUAAUAUUGAAGAUGCAGUAAAGCUACACCGAUGGACAAAUAGCACAACAAAAUCGCUCAUUUUCUUGAAUUCAUCUGCUCAAGGAUAUCUCGUGUAUGUUUCUGAACAUGGCACAGUAUCCCCACAAGAAUUUCCCAUAGUCCUAGAAAUACAGAGUAUAGCUUUAAAGACAAAAGAAAAAUGCCCUUUUGUGGCAUUUACUACUAAUAUUUUUUAUGUUUUUUACUUUUUGGACAAGGGACAGAACCUGACAGUCUGGGCUCAGAUUGUCUACCCAGAAAAUAUUGGUCUGUAUAUUAUUGUCGAAUCAUAUGGCCCAAAAUUAUUAAAAAUCAAAAAACAGAUUCACUAUGAAAUUGUCUCAGGAUACUGCACUAAAACCAUGUUCAUAACAUUUUCUCAGACUGUAAAGUAUGAGGCGGUAAAUGAUUACUUCAAGUUACAAUACCAGAACACGGGUGUUAUGCUGAUUCAGACUAGGCCUAGCGAAUAUACAAAAACGUGUCCAGUAUCCCUAAAGGUGUUCCAGAUAGCCGUUGGCUGUGAUGCUAGUAAAUACAUUGCCGUGAAAGGAUUUAAUAAAAGAUGCACUCCACAUGAUUUCUAUUACAUUAUCGAAAAAUCAUAUCUGAGAAAUCGACCAUCUAAAAACUUGAGAGUACAAUAUAAUUGGCAAAAAUAUGGCUGCCCAUUGAGACUUAAUUUUAGAGAAAAAUUUCACCCUUUGAUUGAAUUAUACAGCGACGAGGGCUUUGUGGAAGAUGUCAGCGUCAACUUCAUCGUGUGGGAAAUUCACGGCAGGAAUGACUACAGCUUCAACACCACAAUGGCGAAGACCGGUUGUUUACAUGAAGCCCAGACGUGGAAGUCAAUGAUAGAGCUUAACCGGGACCUUCCAUUGGAAAAAGUCUGGGGACCUGAGAACUAUAGGCACUGCUUUUCUUAUGCUAUCGGAAGACCAGGAGACUUGAAUCAACCAUAUGAGAUUAUCAACAAGUCUAACUAUAACCACUUAGUGUGGUCCAUGUACCACACUGGGAUGUAUGUGUUUCAAGUGAAGAUCCUGGAUCCAAACUAUAGUUUCUGUAACCUCACAGCUAUAUUCGCAAUCGAGGUCUAUGGCGUGAUUCCCAGUCCGAGCGGCUACCUGGUUGCUUCUUUCCUCUUUUUCCUGAUGCUGCUGUUCUUCAGUAUUCUGGUCCUGAGCUACUUCCAUUAUAUGAGGAUUUAUAAACACUAUAUUUAUGAACCAAAUUACAAAAUGGAAAGAAAACAAAAGAAUAGUUAGGAAAACAAUGGAAGUUUGCUUACCACGGAUAUACCUACGUAGGAGUAGAUAUGUACAUGUGAUAUGUUCCCUCUUCGUCUUUUUAGGCGUUUUAUACCCAAGUUAUAAUUCUUUGUAUUAUAUUUUCUUUGUCAACUUUACUAGUGUGGUUUCUGCCUCCUGAUGAUCACCCUAAAAAAAUCCCCCCAUUAUGUUCAACACCCCCUUGCCUCCUUCCA